AUGACUGUGGAGGAAAUUAGGGGCGACUGUGAAAAUUUUCCUGUGGGGCUUCGGGUUCUUGCAGUUGAUGACGACCCAAUUUGCUUGAAGUUGUUGGAGACUCUGCUUAGGAAAUGCCAGUAUCACGUAACCACAACAAGUCAAGCAAGGAUGGCUUUGAAGAUGUUAAGGGAAAACAAGAACAGAUUUGAUUUGGUGAUAAGUGAUGUUCACAUGCCUGACAUGGAUGGAUUUAAGCUUCUUGAGUUUGUUGGUCUCGAAAUGGAUCUACCCGUCAUCAUGUUAUCCGCAAAUGGAGAUCCGAAGCUCGUGAUGAAAGGGGUCACGCACGGGGCUUGCGAUUAUCUCGUGAAACCCGUUCGUAUAGAGGAGCUGAGGAACAUAUGGCAGCACGUGAUUCGGCGGAAAAAGAUUGACCCAAAGAAGCACAAUAAAUGCAAUGACCAAGUCAAAGCAGGUGUGGAAGGUCAAGGGUCCCCGUUGACCGGGAACACAGAUCACAACGGGAAAUUCAAUCGGAAGAGGAAAGACGAGGAGGACGAGAGUGAGGAGAACGGGAAUGAAAGUGAGGACGCUGGUACGCAGAAAAAGCCGAGGGUGGUUUGGUCUAUUGAGCUUCAUAGGAAAUUUGUAGCUGCCGUGAAUCAGUUGGGCAUCGAGAAGGCUGUGCCUAAGAGGAUUCUUGACUUGAUGAAUGUCGAAGGGCUUACACGGGAAAAUGUUGCUAGCCAUCUUCAGAAGUACAGGCUGUACCUGAAAAGAAUAAGUUCGGUCCAGCAAGCAAACAUGAUGUCUGCACUGGGUGUUAAAGACAAUACCCCCUUCAUGCACAUGGGCUCCCUUGACAAUUUCCGCCUCCCAAACGUCUCUUCUUUCCAAUCCAACGCCAUGCUCGGCCGAUUAAACACCCCCACUAACCUCAACCUCCAUUCUCUUGCUAAUGUGAACCACUCUCAAAACUUGACAAAAAUGCCCCUCCUACUCCCCUCGACCAAUCAGAAUGCCAGCAAUUUGUUUCAGGAGCUCGACCACAAAGGCCCAUCCUCAAAUUUCACCACCAAUAUUGACAGCUCGCGGAUUUUAACAAACGUGGGCACGUUUUCUGAUUUGGGAUCUGCCAUUGGUGGCCCAAGGAACUUGUUGUCCAACAAUAAUAAUGGUAAUAAUGCCCCACAGCCGCUCGGCUGUGGAGGAUUUGGAAAUCAGCCACUCCAUACAAUGGGCUCCUUCAGCCCGGAAUCUUUUAAUCCGGGCACGUCCAGUUUACACCAAAAUAAUAAUGAUAAUAAUCAUCUGCUCCCGAACGAUGCUUUUUUCAGUAGUGACCCGAUUGAGGUGUCAUCGGGAAUGGGUCUAAGUAAUAAUAAUUUUGGUACCUUGAACGGCAUCGUCUCUCAGUUGGGCCCGAAUAGUGGGGUGUUAAGCCAGAAGAUGGAUAUGCUUUUGAACAGGAGAUCGAGUGGAGUUGAGUCGGGUUUGUUGCAGAAUAAUGGAAAUGAGAAGCCACAAGUGGAGGAGUUGAUGACGAGGUCUAAUGAGGAUUUUCUCAUGGACCAACCCAGGCUGCACGGUGGAUUUGUUCAGCAUAGUUAUGAUUCGUUGGAUGAGUUGAUGAAUGCUAUGAUCAAACGGGAACAAGAUGAAACCAUGCUGAAUUGCGAGUUUGGGCUUGACGAUUACUCUUUCGGACAAGCCAUCGGCGGCGGCGACAUCAACAUCGCCGAAAACGACCACCACUGUAGAAGCGGCCAACCGGAGCUCCGCCGUCGAAAAUGGAGUUUUCCGCUGCACGGCAAACACGCGCCUCCCGCUGCCGCCGUCGGGCAAUCGGUCGGCUCCGCCUUCCACAGUCCGCUCAUAAGCCACCGCGGUCUUCAUCUGCUGAAAAUUGAGCCGCGUUGCUCCUCUGUGUAG